GGUUGGCAAAUUUCAAGCCCAACCAGUCGCUACCAUACAUUUGAAUAUUUAAAUUUUCAGUAUUUACAAUAUUAUUUUAUAAUAUUUUCUAAAAUCACAAUAUUAUAAUCUAUAUUACUGUAUUGGUUWUUUGUUCACUUUGAGAUAUUUGUACUAAACUACUGAAGUACCGUAUUUGGUACUUGAUUGCUGCAGAAUAAAAUGGUACAUCACGUAACUUCGUAACACAGUKUUGAAAGGUUUUAUAUUAUACUUGUAUUGUUAGUAAUGAUUUUUAAAUAUAUUUUUCUGUGACGAAAUUUGAUUCAAAUGUCUUCAAUGUUUGAAAUAACCGAUUUACAAAAAAUCGGAGUCGGCUUAGCUGGUUUUGGAAUAUCGUUUCUAUUCCUGGGAAUGUUGUUGUUAUUUGACAAAGGACUUUUAGCAAUUGGAAAUAUAUUGUUCAUAGUGGGCCUUAGUUGUGUUAUUGGUGUACAACGAACUUUAAAGUUCUUUUUCCAGAGGCAAAAAAUCAAAGCAUCCUUGUCAUUUUUUGGCGGGAUAUCAGUCGUCCUUUUUGGAUGGCCAAUUGUAGGAAUGCUAUUAGAAAUAUAUGGAUUCAUACUUUUGUUCAGUGGAUUCUUUCCAGUAGCAAUAAAUUUUAUGCGCCGUGUACCAUUAUUGGGAACUAUACUCAAUUUGCCUGGCAUAACUGGAUUGUUAGAUCGAGUGGCGGGUGAUACAAGACGAACGAUGGUAUGAAUAACCAUUACAAAUAUUACAAACAAAUAAAUUACUUCAAAACAUUUUGAUAUGUAAUACUUUUUUAUUCCAAUAUAUAUAAUUUUUUUUUAUGUAAAUAAAAGUAGAUUGUUGGAAAAUGUA